AUGCUCUCGCUGCCUCUGCUCUUGCUCGCUGGCCUCUCGCGGUGCUCCAGCUCUGAAGUCAACCCUGCGAUAUGCCGAUAUCCUUUGGGGAUGCACGAAGGGACAAUCCGGGAUGCGGAUAUCACUGCCUCCAGCCAGUGGUACGAUUCGACGGGGCCGCAGUACGCUCGGCUGCUGAGGGAGGAGGGCGACGGGGCCUGGUGCCCAGCUGGUCUCCUGCAGCCAGAGGACGUGCAGUUCCUCCAGAUCGACCUGCACAAGCUCUAUUUCAUCACCCUGGUUGGCACCCAAGGGCGUCACGCCCGGGCCACGGGCAAGGAGUUCGCCCGUGCCUAUCGGAUCGACUACAGCCGCAACGGGGAGCGCUGGCUGUCUUGGAAGGACCGCCAGAAUGGGCAGGUGAUCCAAGGUAAUGUGGACACGUAUGACGUCGUCCUGAAAGAUCUCCGCCCGCCGGUCAUUGCCCGCUACAUCCGAGUGAUCCCCGUGACGGAGCAGCCCAUGACGGUCUGCAUGCGUGUGGAACUCUAUGGUUGCGUUUGGUCUGAUGGCUUGGAGUCCUACAGCAUGCCGGGCGGGCAGAUGAUGCUUGCUCCCGGGCACCCCGUGGUCUACCUGAAUGACUCGACCUACGAUGGUUACCAGGAGCGCAAGUCCCUUCACGGAGGGCUGGGCCAGCUGGUGGACGGCGUCCUGGGCCUGGACGACUUCACCAAGAGCCACCAGUACCGCGUGUGGCCGGGCUACGACUACGUGGGCUGGAGGAACGACAGCUUCCGAGACGGGGGCGUGGAGAUGGAGUUCCAGUUCGACCGGCAGAGGAACUUCUCCUCCAUGAAGGUCCAUUGCAACAACAUGUUUUCCAAGGGGGUCAAAAUCUUCGAGAGGGUGGAGUGCCGCUUCAAGCCGUGGCUGAUUGCCGAGUGGGAGCCAGAGCCCGUGGGCGUGGACACCGUCCUGGACGACAAGAACCCCAGCUCGCGGUUCGUGACCGUGCCGCUCCAGCAGCGCGUGGGCAAGGCCAUCCUGUGCCGAUUCUACUUCGCCGACACCUGGAUGCUGAUCAGCGAAGUCUCCUUCCAGUCCGAAGACAUGGAUUCCGUCGACCCUGUCGCGAUCACCCUCGCCUCGGCCACCUCCUCUGCGAUAGCCCCGUCGGAGGAAGCCAAUGCCACGGAUGGGGUGUGGGGGACCACCCCCACCGUGCCUGCGACGAGCCCCGGGAUCGCGCGCAAGGCAGAAGACUCCGGCACCUCUGGCCUGGUCGCGUCCCUCGUGGGCAUCAUCCUGCUGCUGCUGGUGAUAAUCAUCGCCAUCCUGGGGAAGCAGUACGCCCAGAAGCGGCUGGAGACGGCUCCCCGGCGAAUCCUGGAGGAGGACGCCACGGUGCGGCUCUCCUUCUACAGCUCCAGGGUCGUCAGUGGCCACACGCAGGUCCGCCAGACCAACCCCACCUACGAGAGGGUCUUCCCGUUGGACUUGCAAUGCCACCAGCCCGUCACCCUCCUCCAGAAACUGCCGGAGCUCUCCCAGAGCGCGGAGGACUCGGCCUGCAGUGGCGAUUACGCCGAGCCGGAUGUCACCAAGUGCACCCCGCACCAAGGAUUCCAGAACAACGUCCCGCACUACGCCGAGACGGACAUUGUCAGCCUGCAGGGCGUGACGGGCAACAACACGUACGCUGUCCCGGCCAUCACGGUGGACUCGCUGACCAAGAAAGACAUCUCAGUGGCCGAGUUCCCACGGCGGCAGCUGCGGCUGAAGGAGAAGCUGGGCGAGGGGCAGUUUGGGGAGGUGCACCUCUGCGAAGCUGACGGGCUCCUCGAGUUCCUGGGGCGCGUCUCCCCAGAAGCCUCCAGCCGGGCUGUGCUCGUGGCGGUGAAGAUGCUGCGGGCCAACGUCACCAAGACGGCCAGGAACGAUUUUCUCAAGGAGAUCAAGAUCAUGUCCCGGCUCAAGGACCCGAACAUCAUCCGCCUGCUGGGCGUGUGCGUGCGGGACGACCCGCUGUGCAUGAUCACCGAGUACAUGGAGCACGGGGACCUGCACCAGUUCCUGCUCCAGCGGCAGAGCCGGAGCACCCUCACGCUGGCCAACCACAUUCCCUGCGUCAGCUGCCUCCACCUCCUCCUCAUGGCCACCCAGAUCGCCUCUGGGAUGAAGUACCUGGCCUCGCUGAACUUCGUGCACCGGGACCUGGCCACCCGCAACUGCCUCGUCGGGCACAAUUACACCAUCAAGAUCGCCGACUUCGGCAUGAGCAGGAACCUUUACAGUGGCGACUACUACCGGAUCCAGGGCAGGGCCGUGCUGCCGAUCCGCUGGAUGGCCUGGGAGAGCAUCCUCCUGGGAAAGUUCACCACGGCCAGCGACGUGUGGGCCUUCGGCGUGACGCUGUGGGAGAUGUUCACACUCUGCAAGGAGCAGCCGUACAGCUGGCUUUCCGACGAGCAAGUGAUCGAGAACACGGGGGAGUUCUUCCGGGACCAGGGCCGGCAGGUGUACCUGUCUCAGCCACCCCUGUGCCCAAACCCUGUUUUCGCCCUGAUGAUGAACUGCUGGAGCCGAGACAUCAAAGACCGCCCUGCGUUUGAGGCCAUCCAUCUGUUUCUGGUGGAGCAAAUGGAUGGGAGCAUCUGACCCGCACCUGACCUGCCAAAGAGCGCGAGAGACACAGUACAAAGAGCAGGACCUUCCUCCCUUGCUGCAGCGGAUUUGGCUGAACCGUGGAAGCAACCCUGAAGUUGCUGUGGGUUGGAAUUCCUUCAGACGUGGCGCCUGGGGCCCUUUUCUCAGCGUGACGUGCCAGUGUGCACGGCCGGCCGUGGCCCAGGCGGCUUCCUGAUUGCGCUCAGAAUCCACUUUCUGUGACUUCUGCUCUCGGGAGGCCUUGGCAGCAACUGCUCCCUCCGUCAGCCAUGAUCAAGAAACCCCAGGGCCAAGAAAUCACCAUCUCAUGGCAUUGUUUGCUUCUACCCUGGAAAUACCCAGAGGGCUCUUUGCCCUGGCCGCACCUCCUCCUCUUCCUCCUCCACAAAGGUGAAAACUGCCCACUAUUCUAAACAGAAAUUAUGGCUGGGGGAAUAAAUAUCACACCUAUCAGGAAAA